GUUUAAAUAAUCCCUCCCAAUUAAUGCAAUUAAGAAGUGGCGUACUCAAGAAGCCCCCAAACAGAAGUUAUAUUUCAGGCUACCAAAUAUUCUACGCAGAAAAAUUACCUGAAUUGAGAAAAGAAGGCAAAUUCUAAAUUGGAGAUGCAGGUCACAAGAUCUCAGAAAUGUGGAGAGAAUUAGAGGAUGACGAGAGGUAGAAGUAUGAGAAUGAGUUCAAUGAGAUGGAAUCCAAAUACAAAGAAGACUUAAUAUUGUAUUACGGAGGAGAUCUACAUGACAUCAAAAAAUAUAAGUCAUUAAUGGAAAUUCCAGAAAAACCAAGAAAACCUGCUUCUGCCUGUUUAGUUUAUAUUGCAGAACAUAGAAAGGAAUAUUCCAAUCAAAAUCCUGAUAUGAAUAUGGCUCAAGUGACAAAGGCUUUGGCUGACAAAUAUGGUGGACUUCCAAAUAAGGAUAAAAAAAGAUAUGAAGAUGAUUUUCAAAAGAAGUUGGAAUAAUACCACAAGGAUAUCGAAAUAUGGUAGAAGUAUGCAUGAUGUUUAAAUAUUACUAUAGAUAAUUUGCUUAAAAAUCAGAAGAAUUUGAAAAAUUAAUCGAAGAAAAAUUCAAGCGAUCAGCCUCAAAAUAAGAUUUGGAAUAUCAAGAACUACCACCCUAUAAGAGGGGUCCAAGGAAGAUGAAGGAGGAGGAUGAGACUGCGCCAGAGAAAUCGGAGGAUAAAAAGGAUGACAAAGCCAAGUAUAGCAUAUUAAUUAAUUCUAAUGAAGCAAAAAAAGUAGUAAAAAUAACAAGGAUGAAGGCAAGGGUGCAUAGAAUAAAGGAGACUCGAAGAAAUAUCUAGAGGUAGAUCAAAAGAACGAUCACAACAGAAGAAAAUCAGCACAAAGAAAAUAGUGAAAUUACCAUAAUAUUAUUUUCCAAAA